AUGAGCGAAUUGGCAACUGAGUUGCAGACGCCUGCAACGGCAUCGCCGCCUCCGCGCACACCAUUCGACAGCACCACAGCACUGCAUGCUUUAUCUCAGCAAGCCACGGCCGAUGUAGAUCGGCCAGUUGAAGAAAUGCAAAUCGAUGAUGACCAUAUAACAGAGCAUGAGUUUUCUCUGCCACCUACAGAUCGAGGAAAAGAUGCAUGGCUGUUCUUAGCUGCGUGCUUCACGCUCGAGGCUCUAGUUUGGGGCUUUCCUUUUGCCUUUGGUGUUUUUCAGAAUUACUACAGCACUCACGAGCCAUUCGCGGGCUCUUCGCAAAUUGCUGUCAUUGGAACAUGUGCCAUGGGAAUCAUGUACUUGGAUCUUCCGCUUAUCACAGGUCUUCUACGACUAUAUCCUAAACAAGGGAGAUAUGCACCGGCAUUUGGCAUUCUCCUCAUGUGCGUGUCGCUCGCAUUGUCAUCCUUUUCACAAAACACAGUGCACCUCAUCAUCACCCAAGGAAUCUUCUACGCCAUUGGCGGAUCAAUCUCGUACGGUCCUACGCUGCUCUACCUCGACGAGUGGUUUGUUAAGCGUAAGGGUCUUGCAUAUGGUAUCAUGUGGUCUGGCACUGGGCUAGGCGGCGUGACGCUGCCUCUCCUUCUCGAGUUUUUUCUCGGCAAGUAUGGCUUUCGAACGACGCUGCGCAUCUGGGCUGCCGUUUUGUUUGCCGCCACCAUGCCGUUGGUGUAUUUCUUAAAACCCCGUCUGCCAGCCGGUGCGGGUGCUUACAAGUCGCUGAACCUGGGAUUUGUCUUCUCCAAGACAUUCAUGCUCUAUCAGAUCACCAACAUUGUUGAGGCGCUGGGAUACUUCCUGCCUGGCAUUUACCUACCCUCGUAUGCUCGUGAGACGCUGGGUGCAGGUCCAUUUCCGUCUGCGCUGACACUACUUGUUGUCAAUAUUGGCUCUGUCAUAGGAUGCGUAGCCAUGGGCUGGCUGACGGAUAGAAUGCACGUUACAAGUUGUCUUGCGCUAUCAGCAGUCGGCACGGCAAUUGGCACAUUUCUACUCUGGGGUCUUGGGCAGAAUUUGGUGACGCUGUACUUCUUUUGCAUCGUCUACGGAUUCUUUGCGGGAUCGUACACCUCUGCUUGGCCUGGCAUUAUGCGACAAAUCUCAAUGCUUCCUGAUAAAAGUGGUGGCCGCAGCUUUGAUCCGACCAUGGUGUGCAGCUUUCUAGCGACGGGCCGUGGCGUGGGCAACGUCGUUUCAGGCCCUCUGAGCGAAGUCCUUGUUCAAGGAUCAGUCUGGAAGGGCGCAAUGGCUGGGUACGGGUCUGGUUAUGGCACACUGAUUGUCUUCACUGGUAUUACAGCAGUGUUUAGCGGUGCUAGUUUGCUGUUCCGUAGGUUAGGCUUCAUAGCGUGA